UGUUUACAAAACCAUCAACUUCCGGCAGUCACUGAUUGAUUAUUUCAUACUGUUUUAAUAAUUAUAGAAAGCCUUAGCUUUUAUUUUGAAAGCUGCAGGUGGGUUUAUUUGGGUAGCAACCAGAAGCAUCCGCAACAAGACGCACAACUUUAACAUGGCGCUCAGUGCUCAGAUGGGGAAAUGCUCGCUGGACAGUACCUCAUUAAUCAGUAGUGAUCCGGAGAAACGUUCCCCGAAAACACACACCGAGGCUAAUGCCGUUAUUGUACAGAGACUAGAAAAGGAAAAUGCCAAGCUGAAAACGCAGUAUGAAGAACUGAGGUGUCAGUACGUGCAGCUCCUAGAGGAGGCCAAGGAGGAGAAGUUUGAUGAGAGGAGAGUCAAUCUGCUCAAGGCUCAGGUCAUGCAGCUGGAACGACAGGUGAUUUUGCUGUCUGAGGGCUUGAGCUCACAGGUCUGCCGCAGUCAGGAUGUGGAGAAGGCCCUUGAUCCUCUAACACAGAGAUUAAGAUCGCUGAUGCGCCCCGAAAAUCCUGCUGCUGAUGUGCUGAUCACUCGGACAGAGCUUUUACAGCUUUUGGAAAGGUGUGAGGAUGUGAGACAGAAGCUGCACAGAAAUAAUAAGGUCACUUUCCCAGAGGAUUUUGCCAAGCCUUGGAUACUGAGUGGGUCGAAACUCAGCAAGCAGCCCAUCACCCUGCUGGAUCUCUGUUACGGCAAGACCAAUAACCUAAAUCUUCAGCAAGUGAGCGCCCUGGAGUCCAAGCUCAGCCAGCUGUUCAAACACCUGCACGGAAUGAAACAGACCCUCAGCCUCAUCCUGGCUCCUCAACAAGAACCUGACAAUCCUGCAGUACACACGGCUCCCACUGCCGUCUACGCUCGGCUGCUGAACCAGUCGCACCACUGCUGCACGAUCCUGGAUCGUUGCUGCCUCGACCUCCUGACCCUGUCUCUCAUCGUGCCCUCGGCACCCUGGGCCAACCCAGAGCAGUGGGUAAUUCAGGAGCUGGAGGUGGAGAAUAUCCUGGCAGCGCUGCCAGCUUUUCCCCGAGGAGCACCCCUCCAGCGGGCAAGACGCGCCGCCCAGGCCCUGAGCCGAGCCGCCAAUUACUCAGUACUGAUGGCCCAACAGCAGGUGGAAGCUCUUCAGGCAGAGUUGGACUUCCACAGAAGCUUGUACAGCCUGCAGGUCCGGACCAUAGAGGAGCUUGUCCAGGGAAUCCGACAGGCUUAUCGAGCAUUCCAGGAGAACAUCUCUCAGAGUCUGUGUGUUCCACUGCAAGAUGUCCUUUCAUGUUAUGAGGAUCUGAGGAGCACAGCGUCAGAGGCUGCACUUCACCGCUUCCUGUCAGCUUUUAAGAGCAACUUGGCACAAAUACGAGAGGCGGUGGAUGCCUUCGGCCCUUCAAAGAGCGAAGGAGAUGUAGCUCUGGCACAGUAUGGUCACGAUUUCCUGCACACUGUGGAAAAGCUCCUGAAAGAGUGCACAGAGAAGAGAGAGAAAUCAGCAAGUCAGCUGCACUCCCUCCAGCAAGAGCAGCAUCAGGCCGUUCAGACCCUGCACGUCCUGCAAGCCGAGAGGAAGGAAGUGAGCAAAGAGAAGGCCCAGCUCCAAGCAGCACAUCCUGGGAAUGCUCAGAGUCCUGAGACUGAGAGUUCUGCUGCUCGUUCUGGAAGUUUGGGAAAAUCCACAGCUGCACCUAAAGAUCCGUCCACCGCGCAGAGAAACCGAACAAUCCGAAGAGCUCUGUCAGUCCAUGUCACCAGAAACAGCUCGUCUCCAGAGAGGGGGGUCAACCAGAGGCCAGGCAGGGAGGAAGAUAGGCUGAAAAGGAGGAGUUCUUUCAGGAGCAAGAGCAGGAAGGCAGCAGACAGACCUGAGUGGCAAACCUAAACAUGUUGAGAGAAAGUCCAACCUCUCUGUUUUCAUACUACCCGCCUGUCCUGUGAGAGAGUGAGCUCUUGAAUAGUGAGGUGGUUGUGGGGGUACGUCUGGGGGGGGGUAUGUUAUUCCUAAUGCCUGUUAGUAAAGCCUCUCUGGCUACACAACCCUAGUGGUAAUAAAAGCACUUAAAGAGCCUUAUUCCAUCAAUGUCAAGCAAAGUCCACGUCUAUUUCAAGAGGCGAGAGGACAACAAGCCAGGGGGUAUGUUACAGGAUCACACAAUACCACUCUGUUUUUAUUCACUUCCCUCAAAACAUCAAGGCAGGUGUGUUUUUUAAAGUUCAACAGGCUCUGCUCUGAGUAUAAAGCCCAUUUCUGUGUGUUGCUUUUGUUUAGAUAGGAGUUUCCUCUGUGUUUAUUUAAGCCGUAUUGUUUUGUAAGGACCUCAAAAAUGAAACCAAGCUGGCAACAUGACCAGUUUUACCUUGUUAGUUCUUAGUUCGUGCCCCUGAUCAGCUGCUUAACAUGACACAAUUCUUGUUUCUUCCUUAACAAUGCAUCACAAUAAAAAACAAGUAAAAAUGA